AUGAGUGACCACCCCACUGCAGAUGGAGGGACCUAUCAGCUCAUCACCGUGGUGAUCGCGGCAGCUGGAGGUGGCCUGUUGCUCAUCCUGGGCAUCGCACUCAUUGUCACCUGUUGCAGAAAGAGUAAAAAUGACAUAAGUAAACUCAUCUUCAAAAGUGGGGACUUCCAAAUGUCCCCAUACGCCGAGUACCCCAAGAAUCCUCGCUCACAAGAAUGGGGCCGAGAAGCCAUUGAAAUGCACGAGAACGGGAGCACCAAAAACCUCCUGCAGAUGACAGACGUGUACUACUCGCCCACAAACGUAAGGAACCCUGAACUUGAACGCAAUGGACUCUACCCGGCCUACACUGGACUGCCCGGAUCAAGGCACUCCUGCAUUUUCCCGGGACAGUAUAACCCAUCUUUCAUCAGCGAUGAGAGCAGGAGGAGAGACUACUUCUGAGUCCAGGAGGGAGAGGGCCCGUUUCUCUGAGCCACUUCCCCAGACCUCUGGCUCAGAGGACUGCACGGAGAGGGAGUGCCACGCACUAGCUGCUCCCAGGGACUCGUCAGAGCCACACAUGAGGGGUAUGACCACAGUGGAAGGGGACAGAUGGAUGCGGAACCGCAGAGUGCUCGUUCCGCGCUGUUAUCACUGUGAACGUGAAAGUGGGCCAGUACCGAGUCUCCGAAUGUCUGGCGCGUAGAACUGGCUGACUUCCACAGGCAACCACUAGGCGGCAUCAUUUCCAGGCCCCAGUUUCCCCGUAAUUUGCACUUUAAUAGAUUGGGCAGGGAGGUUUCAUUUUUGACUCAUUCCCAUGCUGUUUCGGAAAGCCUUCCUUUCCUAGGAUACUUCUGCAGGCCUCAGUCUGGUGAUUGACUGGCAGCCAGGUGCUGGCACUUUCGUUUUCCUGCCUGGUGCCUUGUGCUAAAGAACAGAUGGAGGUAAACAGACCGCUGUGAUCAAGGGAUGCUGCAGCCAGGGCGUGGAAUUUUAAGGUUUCUAGGUUGCCUGUGCUCAUUUCCAAGCAAACACCCCAAAUGAGAACUUGACCUUUGCAAGGUGCAGCACACGGCUUCCAUUUGUUUUCUAAGUCAAGGUGACACGCUUGCUUACGA